AUUUAAUUCAUAACCACCCCGGCGUCCAGCUCUCUUGUCGGACCACAUGCAAAUGUUGUGCCAGCAUUGAGUCGGCGAAGCAAAAACAGAGAAACACGUAACUCCAAGUUUGAUACUUGAGCAAUGGCAUCAGCCAAGGAACCAGAGAAACAGAGCUCUACAGCGACUUCUACAGACCUUUGCCACCAUGGAAGCUGUCAUUGCGGGGCUGUACGCCUCUCCGCAAGGUUUCAGUCCCCGCUGUCGCAAUUGACUGUAAUCUCUUGCACUUGCAGCUAUUGUCACAUUGCAGGCAGCUUGCUGGCUUUCGCGGAUGAUAUGGAAAUUCAAGGAAGAGAAUCGCUUACGGAAUAUCGGUUCGCCACGCACACUAUACAGAUCUUUUUUUGUAGAAGCUGCGGGGCCAAUGUUUACAACAAAUCUGUCAAUCCAAAGUGGCAAUACGGUAAAUGUGCUAUAAAUAUACGCCUGUUGCAUGGGAUUGACUUGGAGGCUAUAGAACUGACGAAGGGCGAUGGUAAGAAUCUUCGUCUGCCGCCAUUAGAGGGAAAUCCUAUGUAGCCGUCAAGGCACACGCGCCAUAAUGCCACAUUCAUG